AUGCAGACCAUCAAACAGUCCGGCCUGGUGCACGGAAUUCUACACGUGCUUCUUCUCUCGAUGUCGGCGCAUAUCACCCGUGAGCUGUCAAUGGCGCCCGGAGGCGAAUUUCGAGCUGCCCACAAGGCAUCGGUCGAAGUGGAGCAGUGUCGUCUUAUCCUUGGUGACCGUCCAAUUCAAAUAACGCUACAACGCGCCCUCGCCUCGAUGACCUUCUUCCAAAAACUAAAAUUCUUCUACCACAUCUUAAUCUCGCACAACUCGAAAAUUACUCAAGAGGACGUUGAAAAGUGCAAACAGAAGGAUUUAUUAGAGCAGCUGUUGGCAGAGAUGGCCGGCGAUUUUCCAAAGCUGUCCAAAAUUUUUGUCGAUGAGCGCGAUGCGUACAUGGCACAUGCGCUUCACACGCUAUUGCUCCGUCAGACCGAGUCAAAAAGGGAGGCUUGGUCGCGAACAAAUUGUGCCUGGCAACCACUGCGCGUUGUGGCUGUGGUCGGAAUAGGACAUAUGCCCGGUAUCGAGGCCAGGUGGGGAGAUGACAUCAACAUUCUACCGCUUGUUGAAAUCCCGCCACAGCCAUUGUCUUCACGCAUCAUCGGCGGCACCAUCAGGCUGGCUUUCUGGGGAACUGUCGGCUACUGCACCUACCGCUUCGGACGCGCCAUAUAUACCCGGAUUAGCCCCAAAUUU